AUGUCAACGCCACCAACACUACAGCAAGUAGAACAAACCCCACUAGACGAUAGUCUACGCAUGGGGGCAAAUAUUGGAUGGGUGUUGUUGUCUACUGUAUUAGUAUGGUUGAUGAUACCAGGUCUUGGAUUUUUUUAUAGUGGUCUGGCAAGAAGGAAAAACGCCCUAUCACUUGUAUUUAUAUGUAUUUUGUCUAUUCCUAUUGUUUCACUUCAAUGGUUCGUGAUAGGGUAUAGUUUAGCUUUUAGUCCGACAGGUGGCCCAUUUAUUGGCAAUUUUGAACAUGCACUUUUAAGAGGCGUUGUGACCAAGGUAUAUAAAAAUGGAAAGAUUCCUCAGUUGGCUCAUUCCAUAUUUCAAUGUAUGUUUGCGGCUUUCCCACCAGCUUUGAUAAUAGGCGGAUCAGCUGAAAGAGCUAGGACCAUGCCAACAUUAGUAUUCUUUGUGAUCUGGACAACUUUGGUUUAUGAUUUUAUCGCAUAUUGGUGUUGGUCGGAUAAUGGAUGGUUUGCAGAUUUGGGCGGACUUGAUUUUGCUGGCGGUACACCAAUACACAUUUCAUCAGGUGCUGCUGCUCUGGCUUAUUCAUAUGUAUUAGGUCCAAGAAAAGACAUUGGUAUAGGUGAUUUUAGACCUCAUAAUAUCAUGAAUGUCAUCCUAGUAUGUACUGUGACAAACCUAGCAGCAUCAAUAGGUGGUUUAACAUGGAUGUUGAUAGAUUACCGAUUCGAACAUAGAUUCUCUGUGGUUGGGUUUUGUUCAGGUGCAUUGGCAGGAUUGGUGUGCGUUACACCUGCUGCUGGGUAUAUUAGCAUAUCAUCAUCGUUGCUUUUUGGUAUUUUUCCAGGAGUAAUUUGUAACAUUCUUGUCAAAUUAAGAGAUAGAUGGAGAUAUGAUGAUGCUUUGGAUGUGUUUGCAAUACAUGGUAUAGGUGGUGCUUUAGGGAGCUUGUUGACCGGUAUAUUUGCACAAAAAGAGAUUGCUUUAUUAGACGGAUUCACUCGAAUAAACGGUGGUUGGUUGGAUGGUAAUUUCAUACAAUUGUUAUAUCAGUUAUUUGUUGUACUGGCAGGGUUCGGUUAUAGUUUUGUUAUAACCUUGUUAAUACUACUUGCUAUGGAUCAAAUUCCUGUAUUGAAAUUGAGGGUUAGAUCUAAUGAGGAAGAUGAUGGAAUUGACAGGUCAGAGUUAGGUGAAAUGGGAGAUAACCCUCAGAGAAUUGAGCCAGAGAUGAACGAUGCAGAUCAAAGAGCUAUUCCAUAA